GGGGGUGGCAGCGCAAAAGGGACCCCCGGAGCCCUGCCACCAUCAGAGAUCAAGCAUCUGGCAUCAGGGAUCUUCGGACCCAGCAGAAGGAUCAGCCACAGGGGAGGUGUCCUCCGGGAAAGCCAACGAGAGCUCCAACCUGCCCCACAUCAGGAGUGCCCACACCCCUGACGCUGCUGGCAACCUACUAGGCCCCUAACCCCUAAACCUCCUUCUCCAUCACCCUCCUCGGGCCCUUUCCACCACUCCAGCUCUUCACCCACACUUCCCAGCACCCCUGAUACACCCUGAUCCUCCAGGUCUUGAGCACACUGACCUCCAUCCUGGGAUAUUUGCCAAAUCUCUGGGAGGGAGAUCAUUUGUUUGGGCUAUGCCCCCUGGUGGCAUGACAGUGUCUGCUUAGACCCCUGACCCCUACCCCUCAACUCCCUGGGCCUCCUUUUGUGUGAAGAGCUGCCCCUCUGCCCAGCACUGUGGUUGGGGGCCAAAGGGAAAGCCAGCUCCGGCUGGGCCCGGCCCCCACCACUUGCCUCCUUGCUGGGCAGCUCCCCUUGGCCUUUGGGCCUCUUCCGGCUCCCCUCGGCCCCUCCUCCUGGGCCGCCCCAAUGAAGGAGCCGGAUGCCAUCAAGCUGUUUGUGGGGCAGAUCCCGCGGCAUCUGGAGGAAAAGGACCUGAAGCCCAUCUUCGAACAGUUUGGUCGGAUCUUCGAGCUGACUGUCAUCAAGGACAAGUACACCGGGCUGCACAAGGGAUGUGCCUUCCUGACCUACUGUGCCCGCGAUUCAGCCCUGAAGGCCCAGAGCGCCCUGCACGAACAGAAGACGCUUCCAGGGAUGAACAGGCCGAUCCAGGUGAAGCCCGCCGACAGCGAGAGCCGAGGAGAAGACCGGAAGCUCUUUGUGGGGAUGCUAGGGAAGCAGCAGACAGAUGAGGACGUCAGAAAGAUGUUCGAGCCUUUUGGGACCAUAGACGAGUGCACUGUGCUCCGGGGGCCAGACGGCACCAGCAAAGGCUGCGCCUUUGUGAAGUUCCAGACCCACGCUGAGGCCCAGGCGGCCAUCAACACCCUUCACAGCAGCCGGACCCUGCCAGGGGCGUCAUCCAGCCUGGUGGUGAAGUUUGCUGACACGGAGAAGGAGCGAGGUCUCCGCCGGAUGCAGCAAGUGGCUACCCAGCUGGGCAUGUUCAGCCCCAUCGCCCUGCAGUUCGGAGCCUACAGCGCCUACACCCAAGCUCUGAUGCAGCAGCAGGCGGCCCUGGUAGCGGCUCAUAGUGCCUACCUCAGCCCCAUGGCCACCAUGGCUGCCGUGCAGAUGCAGCACAUGGCCGCCAUCAAUGCCAACGGCCUCAUCGCCACCCCCAUCACCCCCUCCUCAGGAACCAGCACCCCUCCUGCCAUGGCCGCCGCCACGCCCGUCUCUGCAAUCCCUGCCACCCUGGGCGUCAACGGCUACAGCCCGGUGCCCACCCAGCCCACGGGGCAGCCUGCCCCUGAUGCUCUGUAUCCCAACGGGGUUCACCCCUACCCAGCCCAGAGCCCCGCAGCCCCCGUGGACCCCCUGCAGCAAGCCUACGCGGGCAUGCAGCACUACACAGCAGCCUAUCCAGCAGCCUACAGCCUGGUUGCGCCUGCGUUCCCACAGCCCCCCGCCCUGGUCGCCCAGCAGCCCCCGCCUCCUCCCCAGCAACAGCAGCAGCAGCAGCAGCAGCAGCAGCAAAGGGAAGGCCCUGACGGCUGCAACAUCUUCAUCUACCACCUGCCCCAGGAGUUCACGGACUCAGAGAUCCUUCAGAUGUUUGUCCCCUUUGGCCACGUCAUCUCAGCCAAAGUCUUUGUUGACCGGGCCACCAAUCAGAGCAAGUGUUUCGGCUUUGUGAGUUUCGACAAUCCGGCCAGUGCCCAGGCUGCCAUCCAGGCCAUGAACGGUUUCCAGAUUGGCAUGAAGCGCCUCAAAGUCCAGCUAAAGCGGCCUAAGGAUGCCAACCGGCCCUACUGAGGGCCCCCAGGUCUGGAGACACCAGAGGAAGGGGCACCAUACCCCUCUCCCCACAACUGGCCCCAGCCCUCUCUGCACACCUGCCCAGGGCCUCCAGGGGGCUCUGGGGCAAAAGCUGCUUCCCAGCCCCGGGGACAGGACACCUGUCUGCUCCCACCACCCCGUCCCUCCUGAAGGGCCCGUUUCCUCCCAGGUGCCCUUUGGCCUUUGUGAGGGAGCAAGGGACAGGCUCGAAGGGGUAUCUGCCUUCAGCUGGGGCUCCUGUGGUGACCUUCUGUGCCCAGCUUUCACACUCGCGUCCCCCACCAGUGGGCCUGUGGCCCCAGGAGGGUGGUGGGGGCCUCCCACAAGCCCCCCGCCUCACCUUUGCCUCAGCCUCUUCCCCACAUUAGGGGUUUCUCAGAAGCUGGCUCUCACACCACCUGCCACCCUCAGCUAGAGGUAGGAUAUCCCCGGACCAUGGGCUCCCAGCCCUAAAAUUCACUGCCUCCCCCAUGGGCCCCUCUAAGGAGGGUGUGGGGGAGCCCUGAGGGCUGCCUCUCCACCAGUCAGCCACAGAGACCCUCCUCCUUUCACGAGGAAAAGACCUCCCCUGAGCCCCUAAAAAUGUUUACAGUCUCUGCUGGUCCCCUCUGUGUAAAUACCACCACCACCCGUGCGUUACCCAGCCCGGCCCGGCCCGGACGCUGCCAGCUCUCUUUCUGGGAGUUUAGACAAUGUUUCCCUUGGAUUUUUUCUCUCUCUUGAUUUCUCCCUUUGCUUUGGGGGUAAAUGGGUGUUUGGGAGGAGGGGGGUGGGGAGG